CUCGAGUGAAAUGGCACCAACUUGGGCUAAUGGCAGUGUGGUGACCAUAACCCAUGGCGAGACUGGCUCGACGUUCAGAGCGCUGGUCGAGAAGGACAAGGCAGGACAGAUCGUCACGCUCUGUAACAUAGACACCCCGUACGAGAAGCUCAAAGUCUCCCAGCAUGAUGGCGAGACGUCAUGGGGCGCCGGCGGCGGCAAGUUUGCCGCCUUCGCGGCGACCCCCGUCGAUUCCAUCAGCAACAGCACGUUCACGUUUCAACUGUGCGCCAACCAAAAGAAGUUAAACGUGGAUGGUUCAGAGGGAUGGUACUUGGGCGUGUCGUCAUCCUCUGCUGCCUCUCGUGGCAUCCUGCUCACACCAGAUCACGUCCUCGUCGGAAAUGGCGCGCCGUGCACGUUCGUCGUGUCGGAAGUCACGUCUCGCGCACACAUGCAGCUCUCCUCCGCGACCGCAUGCAACCUGCCACCGCUCACGCCGUCCCAACUCGAAUCGUUUUGCCGAGAGGGGUAUCUCGUGCUGCCGCGCGCGGUGCCGCUGCCCCUCGUCCACGACGCCCUUCGGCGCAUCAACCACGAGCUUGGGAAGCCCGGCAUGAUGAUCGAUGGAGGUGUCGAAGGCACAGCCAAGCUCGCGGGGAACAUCUCCAACCACCCAGCGAUCCUCGACUUGUAUCGGCCUGUGCAUACCGCCGUCGAGAGCAUUGUCGGUCAGGGGUGUGUGGUGCCGCCUCUGGGCGCCCAACUGGCCCUUCGGUUUCCCGAACUGUGUGCGCCAUACGAGCCUCUCGGCAACGAGUGGCACACCGAUGGCAUGCGACAAGGCAAGUGGAAUCCAUUCUCGCUCUUGGUGGGCAUUGCGCUGUCGGAUACGGCGACAUCUGCUGAAAACGGCAACCUCCUCGUCUUCCCCCGAACCCAUCGGACGCUCCACAACAUGCUGCAGUCUCCCACCGACAAGGAGGACCUGUUGCGCGCGUGCGUCGCCGCCGACAAGGCAUGGGGCCAAGGCCAGCAUCUGCCGAACCUCGGUCCUCCGCUGGCACUAAAGCUCUCGCCAGGAGACGUUGUGUUGGCGCACCCAAAGACUGCCCACCGCGGAGGCCCCAACUUUUCCCCCCACAUCCGGUAUCAAGUGUAUUUUCGCAUCAAGCACAAAGAUCAUGCGAGACUGGAGACGCAGUUGGAGACAGAUUUGUAUGCCGACUUGACUGGAUGUUGCCACGUCAUACUCUAAACGACGUGGACACUACUACUGUAUGUAGUGCACACUCUAUAACCACAUUAAACGUGGUUAUAGAGUGACAUUAAACGUGAUUGUCGAUUUGAUCACGCCGACCAAACCGAUCCACAAUC